AUGGAGGAUGGUGGUAGCUCAUGUCCUGUGCUGAACGUCGAUCAUCCACCCAAUAGUCGACUCUUUCUGGUCAUCAGCAAAUCAAUAUCUGAGGAGGCAAUCAGAGAAAAAUUUUCCUUGUUUGGCGAUAUCCAGGACAUUUGGGUGGUGCGGGACAAACAGUCCAAAAAUCAUAAGGGUAUUGCCUAUGUGAAGUUCAGAAAAUCAUGGCAAGCCUGUAAAGCAAUGGAGGACAUGCAUGGCAAAACUCUCACUGGGGACACCAAACCCAUCAAGGUGUUCAUAGCACAAUCCAGAGGAUCUAAGAGCCACCGUGAUGUUGAAGAUGAGGAGUUGACUAGGAUUUUUGUUAUGGUUCCAAAAUCCUAUGCAGAAGAUGAUCUGAGAGAAAAGUUUAAGGCUUUUGGAGAUAUUCAAUACUGUAAUAUUGUCAAGAACAAGAAAACUGGGGAGAGCAAAGGCUUUGGCUAUGUGAGAUUUCUGAAACCGUCUCAGGCUGCUCAGGCCAUUGAAAAUUGUGACCCAUCUUUUAAGGCAAUACUUGCAGAGCCGAGGAAAAAAUUUACAUACUCUGAGAAUAUUUGUGUGAGAAGCGACAAAGAAAAUUUAUCACAUAGACAAGGGUUUCGUCCUCUGAGAGAUCAAAAUGUGUUACCUUUUCAUGAAUUUAGCAAUUUUGAAACAAGUGAAAUAAGUAGUGGAGAAAUUAUUACUACAUGCCUUUCUCUGUUUACUAAAUAUAUGCUUACAUAUGAGCAAAUUUAUAGCCUCUUCGAUGUCAUCCCAGGACUGGAAUAUUGUGAAAUUCAGAAUGACCCGAACAUGGGUUAUGCUGUUGUUCGGUACAACAACGUGGCUUCAGCAGUACAUGCCAAAGAAAAACUGAAUGGAUUUGAGUAUCCACCUGGUAACCAAUUGAGACUCAAUUACAUCGAAGAUGCCCUUGGUGACAAGCAAUCAAACCCAGUUGGAUUGAUGGCCUUGCAACUUGUGGCAGCUCAAAUGUUGUCAGUAGCUUGUAACAGUCCUGUUGGACAUCAGAUAGACCCUCCUUCAUCUGGUUUCAGAGGAAGCACUUAUAUUCCAAUAUCUCAGUUGCAGGUUGACUUCACUGUACCUACAUCUCAAAAUGUUCAUCCUCCAAGAGAAGAGUCAGUCAAACGCCAAAAAACACACUAA